CCCAAACACAAACAAAAAAUCAAAUCUUUCUUCUCCAGGUGCAAUUUUAAAACACUCACAGAGUCACAAGAAAAAAAACAAAAAUCCAAAAACCAAAUUCGAAUUUGAAAGAAGAAGGAAUCGAGAGUCGGGUAUGCAUUAUCCUAACAACAGAACCGAAUUCGUCGGAGCUCCAGCCCCAACCCGGUAUCAAAAGGAGCAGUUGUCACCGGAGCAAGAGCUUUCAGUUCUAGUCUCUGCUUUGCAACACGUAAUCUCAGGGGAAAACGAAACGGCGCCGUAUCAGGGUUUUUCCAGCGACAGCACAGUGAUAAGCGCGGGAAUGCCUCGGUCGGUUUCAGACACUUGUCAAGUGUGUAGGAUCGAAGGAUGUCUCGGCUGCAACUACUUUUUCGCGCCAAAUCAGAGAAUUGAAAAGAAUCAACAGGAAGAAGAGAUUACUAGUAGUAGUAACAGUAGAAGAGAGAGCUCACCAGUGGCGAAGAAAGCGGAAGGUGGCGGGAAAAUCAGGAAGAGGAAGAACAAGAAGAAUGGUUACAGAGGAGUUAGACAGAGACCUUGGGGAAAAUUUGCAGCAGAGAUCAGAGAUCCUAAGAGAGCGACACGUGUUUGGCUUGGUACUUUCGAAACCGCUGAGGAUGCGGCUCGGGCCUAUGAUCGAGCCGCGAUUGGAUUCCGUGGGCCACGGGCUAAACUAAACUUCCCGUUUGUGGAUUACACUUCUUCUGUUUCAUCUCCUGUGGCUGCUGAUGAUAUAGGAGCAAAUGCAAGUGCAAGCGCGAGUGUGAGCGCGACGGAUUCAGUUGAAGCAGAGCAAUGGCGCGGAGGAGAAGGAGGGGAUUGCAAUAUGGAGGAGUGGAUGAAUAUGAUGAUGAUGAUGGAUUUUGGGAAUGGAGAUUCUUCAGAUUCAGGAAACACUAUUGCUGAUAUGUUCCAGUGAUAGAUGAGAUCUUUCUUGUUGGCGUGUUUUUGCAGUUAAGUGCAAGAAGAGAUUGGUACUGGCUUGUUUAAAGUGAACAAGAUUCUUGGUUUGUUAUGCAAAGGACAUGUAAUUAGUAGUCUCAAUUUUUUGUUUGUGGUCAAUUCUAUGUUUAUCUCAUAUAAAAUCUGAGUUAAACC